AUGCAUCUACCAACAUUUUUCUACACAUCACUCCUCCCAUUGUUCUCAUUUGCCUUUGAAAUCCACCCAAAAGAAGAAUUGAGGAAAUGCUUCUCAUGUUCCGUGUUCACAUUCAUCAACUCCAAACUUGUGUGUGCCAAUCCAUCAUUUUGCUACGCCGAUUUUUAUCUACUCUCUGAUGGUCGCUCGAUGUUUCUUUCUGGAUGUGCUGAGGAUGUCUCCGAUUACAAUAUACGUGCCUACGACGACCAUCUAAUGUGUCACACUCGUGGAGCCGUUGGAUUAUGUGUGUGCUCCAGUGCUCAACCGAGUUGCCACGAUUUGUGGCCAACACAGAAGAAUUCGGCAAGUCCCGGACCAAAAAAUAUGACGACUCAUAUCAAAUGGAUCGACACUGAUGUCAAUCAGAUCAAUGCGAUUUCUCAUAGAGUAACCGGCUUCUCCGCAGACUAUGCUCGCAGUCGAGUUGGCCAGAUGCGUGUGGAGCAUUUCCCAGAGCAAUUUCCAGGAUCACCAGUUUCCUUUGCUCCUACUUUAUCAGUAUUUAUCGUAUUUCUGGCUACAGUAAUCCUUUUUUAG